AUGGUGUCUAAGGGCAUGGACUUUGAGGUCAAGCUGCCUGGGCUGGAACCUGAUUUCGUUGCUUCUAGUUGUUGCGAGAACCGAGAGGCCCUCGCGGGAGAGGCCAAAGCCAAGGCCAAAGCCAAGUGCGAGAACCGAGAGGCCCUCGCGGGAGAGGCCAAAGCCAAGGCCAAAGCCAAGGUCAGCAAGUGUGUCCUCAAACCUUCCAGGUCCUGGGGAGAUGGCUGGAAGGCCAAGGCCCCCACCCCAAGGUUCAAAGUGACAGAGAUCUCCACCCCCUCCCCAUCAGCAAUGGAGCAGGAGGCUGCCCUGCAGAGGGUCAGGCUGGAGGCCCAGGCCGGCUUUCCCCAGGAGCUCUUUGCAGAAGGAAGAUGUGUGGCUGUGCAAGUGUGUGAAAUCUGCUUCGUCACGACUAAGGCCCCGACCGAGGCCCUGACUGCGUAUGCAGAUGAAUGGUGUAACCUUUCUUGUGCCUCAGGAGCUGAAUGCUUCCCACCCUGCAACCGCCACUAUGGAUUCUGCACCGAGGACAAUGUUUGCAGGUGCCACCCUGGCUGGCAGGGACCCCAGUGUAACGAGUGCAUGCCCUUUCCUGGCUGUGUUCACGGAUUCUGCGACGAACCCUGGCAGUGCACUUGCAAUGAAGGCUGGGACGGGCACUACUGCGACAUAGACAUGCGGGCUUGCACCUCGAACCCCUGCGCUAACAACGGCACGUGCACCACCAUGCAGAAGGGCCACUACCAGUGCACCUGUGCCCCUGGCUUCUCGGGAGAGAACUGCCAGAAGAAGGACGGGCCCUGCGAGGUCAACGGUUCCCCCUGCCAGCACGGCGGCUCCUGCGUGGACGAUGAUGGCCAGGCCUCGUAUGCCUCCUGCGUGUGCCCCCCUGGCUUCUCGGGCAAUUUUUGCGAGAUCGUGGUCAACAGCUGUACCUCCAACCCGUGCGAGAACCAAGGCACCUGCACCGACAUUGGGGGCGACUUCCGCUGCCGCUGCCCCCCCGGCUUCGUGGACAAAACCUGCAGUCGCUCGGUGACCAACUGUGCCUCCGAACCGUGCCUGAACGGGGGCACCUGCCUGCAGCACUCCCAGGUGAGGUUCGAGUGUCGGUGCCGGCCCCAGUUCACAGGUCCCCUCUGCGGCAAGAAGCGCGCGGCGAGCUCCCAGCAGGGCACCCGUGUGCCCAACGGGCCCGGGCUGGCCUACCGCGUGACCCCCGGGGUGCACGAGCUGCCCGUGGGGCAGCCCGAGCACCACAUCCUAAAGGUGGCCAUGAGGGAGGUCAAAAAGGACACCCCGCUCCUCUCCGAGGGCCAGGCCAUCUGCUUCACCAUCCUGGGCGUGCUGACCGGUCUGGUGGUGCUGGGCACCCUGAGCAUCGUCUUCCUCAACAAGUGUGAGGCCUGGAUCGCCAACCUGCGCUACAACCGCAUGCUGAACAAGAAGAAGAAGCUGCUGCUGCGCUACAACAGCGGGGAGGACAUGGCCGUCAACAUCAUCUUCCCCGACAAGAUCGACAUGACCACCUUCAAGGAGGCUAGCGACGAGGAGAUCUAAGCCGAGAUCUAGGCAGAGCCCCCACUCUUCUACCCCGCCCCCUCCAUCCUCGGGGUCCCCGCAGAGCUCACCAGAUGCGGUCGGUUCUAACCUCGGUGGGCGAAAUUUGCUAGCUCUCGUGUCAGACCUGGUGAACGCGCUACGCUUCGCUGUAUUAUUGUUUGUGCUACUACUGUGUGACCAAUGCAAUGCGCUCAAUGCAAUGAUGAAGGCCACCCUCCCCCCUCUUUCCCGAUGCAUGAUUAAGAAUAAGAAUAAGAAUUUAAUCUUUCAACGAGUAAGAUAAGUAGCAUGUCGUUCUAAACUUUAAAUUUUAGCAUAAAAUAAAAAAAGACAAAAAAAAAACAAGGCAAGUGGACCAGGACUCGGUGUGUCGACGUCCCUCCCCGAGGGGCCUCGGCCACAGGGUCCUUGUAGCGUAUUCUUGCAUGACCGACCACUGUGACCUGGGCUAAGACCCCUUUCGUUCGUGAAUUCUCACACGCCACAUCCGACUCGCACUCACUUCAAGUUCAACAUCGCAGUCCUUAGAUCUUUGUGAUGGAGUUGAGGAUUUUGCAGAGUGCAGCGGCCAUGUGUCAGGCAGAGAGAAAACCCGGGCUGGCUGCUGGGGGGCCGGGACCUCGUCCCAGCCCUGCCACUAACUCGCUGCGUCACCCUGAGCAAGCCCACCAUUUCGCCCCUCUUGAGGGAGGGGCUUGACCACAGUGACCAUCAAGGUCCUCUCUCGUCUAAAACCCUGAAUUAGGAACGAUGGGGGAUGAACCAAAACAGCUCCUGACCCUCCCAUGAGGAUCGGAUGGAGACUAGGUCCCAUCCCUGGGUCCGCAUGUUUUGGUCUAUUCUGAUGCCCACUUGGCAUCCUGAAAUCACCCCUAAGUGCAGUUUUCAAAGUGGGGAGCCUCCUGGCUCACUUUUCCAUUUGGGAACGAUUAGCCGCUUUGAGUCACAAUAUGUAGCCUUGGAGUUGCCUCUCGGGCAACCCCCACCCACCAAAAUCUCCAAUACUCUACGCCCCUUCCCCCUGUAGAUUAGCCAUAUUUCUUAAAAUGUAAAUGCAGGUGAACCGCAAGUGCCCCUGGCGAAAUCUGAGCAGCAACACAGCCCUCCCCUAGGUGUUCGCAGGGGUUAGUGGAACCUGUCCCUUGUGGGGCGUUUUCUAGUUCUGUGGCCGAAGUAGUACCAGGCCUGGCCUACAUGGCUACGCAGUUCAUUUGUGUUGCCGAGUUAGUAACGCUCAGAUCCUGAAAGACCUAGCCAGUUUCUGAAUCAUGAACUUGACUUUUUUAAGAAGAGCAUCUAUUUUUGUUGGGGAAAAAAAAAAAUGGAUAUGGGACAGAGUUCUGUCUAGCUCCCCAGCUCUUCGGGUUGGGCAGCUAAACAGUCCUUGGGUACCAGACAGGACUAUUUUGCUUCUUAAGUUAUUUGGGUAGGAAUCAAUCCUCUGAGCUUUGUUGAGUAUUACUGACGUGUUUACCUUGCUCCAAGUCAUCAUCACCUUCAUCACGGUCAUUCAGAUCACCACAUGCGUCACCGUCAUCACUCAACCAUCAACCUUGUCACCCCCACCCACUCAACCACCGCCAAGUCCCUUGUCAUUCUGGUUCCAAGCCUGUCAUUUCCCCCAAAACCUGAUGUCCCACUCCCAGUUCCUCCUCAUCCUAGCCCCAAGAUGCCACCCUGGUCACCUCGUCCCUGACAGGCGAUGUCACCCCAAACUCCCAUCACCUUCCCCGUCAAACCCCUCCCCAUUUGAAACCUGCCCUUCCUCUCCUGCCUCCCCACAAUUCUCCCUCAACCCCAAACCCUGUUACCACCGCCAAGGCCCCUCCCACCCCCAGGCUCCUGUUGCUGUGCUCCUGCCCCUCCCCUCCCUCACCCCCAUCCCCUGGCUUCCAGGCCUCCCAUCUCUGAUGACCCCUCCCCCCAGUCCUUCCUUCUCCCCACACGUCAUUUGAGUCAACAUCUCAUUUUGAGUGUGUCUUAAAAACUUUAAAAAGACAAAAAAAAA